GAUUCUAUGCAUUACAAAGACCAGAGAUGCAUUUAUUUACCUAGGGGGUGUCUUCAUGGCCCCGCAUUCCCUUAAAAUUCCACUCAGGUCUUAUUUUGUGUGGUAAAUACAGUUUGAGUUUUAAAACAUUUAAAAACACACUGUGUCUGGCUGCAAGUUAACUGAGCACAAUGUUUCUGCCUGCAACUGAGCACUGGAUUUGGACUGGGGUAUCCGAGAGGGAAAAUGUCAUUUGAUUGACCUUUGCUGAAACCCCUGAAAGGUAUUUUGUAUGGGGGAUUUUUCUUUCUUUCUAAAAAAUUGGAUAUCCAAACCAACCUCACCCUCACCUCUAACUUCCAAUAUUAACAGUGGAUGGCAUUACAGGGCUGAAACCAGACGUUUAAACUAUGUAUCAUUCUACUACCAAUUGCCUGACACCAUCGACGUCAUAAACACACAGUGGAAAUCAUAACUUUGUCCUUCAAGCUGACAUUCCUGUGUUUUUUAGGGUCUAGACAAACAUUUUCUAUGUUUUAGUUUAGCGAAAGGAAACAUCAGUUUAAAAAAGCAACAUGCGUGUCCUUCGUCCCCUAGAGUCUCCACAUCAUCCUGUCAAAACAAAAAACAAUCCAUUAGGUGUAUUGGCAUGCAUGGCAAUCAUGUGAUUGAUUCUCAUCUCUACCUCCUACAGGUAUCGUACCACUCAUGCCUUUUGUAGGCACCUCGAGGCCACUAGGUGGUGGGGGGGGAAACUUUACAUAACAAAAUUAUACAUGCUCAUUCUGCAUUCGCCCCCAGUAACACAGGUUAGGACAUAACAGGCUUCAAGAGAGCCAGAAAAAGUCUCAGUUCGCUUGGCCUGACGGAAGGGGGCGCUGCUAUUCCACUAGGUUUGCUCGUAAGCAAAAGCCCAUAGAACUGGACGCAGGCGCGGUUGCAAGAGUGGGCGCAGCCGAGUUUGGAGCCCUGCUGAACUAACUUCUACCUCUGGCCUCUUGAUAUGUCCGGGCAGUUGCUGGGUAAAUCCUCGCGUCUUCUCAGCAGAGGGCUGGGGGAGAAUUUCUGCAGUUCAUCGCCAGGGACUCGUGCCAUGCAGGCCAGCUCAGCUCCUUCCAGAACUGGAGAGCCACCCAGAGAAGGUCACCAUGUUGUUUCCUGGCUUUUGUUCAGGUUAUCCAGUGGGCGUAGCUCUAGGGAGAAGGAAAGUAACCACUGAAAUCCAUGGAACCAUAAUGACAAUUGGUAUUAACAGGCCGGAGGUCAGGAAUGCUGUGGACCAGGAGACUGCAGGAUUGCUGCUGCAUGCUUUCAGGUCAUUUGAAGAGGAGAGUUCGCUGACUGUGGCAGUACUUCAUGGAUUGGGAGGCAAUUUCUGUGCUGGUUAUGAUUUGAAGGAGCUGGCCCACAACGCAACCUCAGUCAAAUUGGAACAAGAUGUCACCAAAGGUCCUGGUCCCAUGGGUCCUUCCCGAAUGAAGUUUUCUAAGCCAGUAAUUGCUGCGGUGAGUGGAUAUGCAGUGGCUGGUGGACUUGAGCUGUCUCUCUUGGCUGACCUACGUGUUGUGGAAGAAAGUGCUGUUUUCGGAGUGUUCUGCAGGCGCUUUGGUGUUCCACUGAUAGAUGGCGGCACUGUAAGAUUACCGAAGCUAAUAGGUCUUUCGCGAGCCCUGGAUCUCAUUCUCACUGGGCGGGCUGUUAAUGCACAAGAAGCAUAUGAGUUUGGACUGGCCAAUCGAAUCGUUCCCAAUGGCCAAGCCCUUCAACGUGCCAUUGAAUUGGCAGAACAAAUUUCAGCCUUUCCUCAGCAAUGUAUGCGUGCGGACAGAAACUCAGCUUACUAUGGUGCAUUUGAUACUUCAUCUUUAACAGAAGCCAUGCAAUUUGAGUAUGACACUGGACUGCGGGUGAUAUUAAAAGAGUCUAUUCCUGGUGCUAAUAAGUUCAGUUUAGGACAUGGGCGCGGUGGAGCAAAGCUAUAAGGAGCUGAAUAUCAUGGCUCUUUGGUUAAAAACACCCACCCCGUGUUGCAAUCACAAAAUAAGAAAAGCCACAUUCAGUGUAUGUAUGUAUAUCCUGUUGAAAUGUAAACUUUAUAACUUUUUAUAGUCCAUCUUCAUUGGGUGGAAAAUUCAAACUUGUGCCACGGCUAAGUAGGGUUACAACUUAAUUUUCAAUGCAGUUAAGAAUCACUAUUUGUAUUGUGCAAGGCCUAAAAAUGGUUACAGAAUAACUAAACCUUUGAAACAUCUCAAAAUGUGUGUUUAUUACUGCUGCUGGCUUUAGAGUAAUGUUUUUUGUGUUUUAAUUCACUCUGUUGAAGUAAAAUGUUUGUUACUUCAAUUGACAGAAGCCUUUUAAAAAUCUUGGAAAUUUAUUAUUGAUUGCUAUCAUCUAUCUGAAACUCUAAGAAUGCUUACAGGAAAAGACUUUCCACAGGGCUCAAUUAACAAAGACUUCCGUGCUAUACCUACUCACUA